AUGGACGAUACCCUCACCCUCUCCUACCGAGAUGCCUACCUGCGCCGCUCCGACCUGGCCACCAUUGAACCAGACGAGUGGGUAGGCGACAACCUUCUCUCAUUCCACUCGACCUGGCUCCACUCGACCGCUGCCGCGCCCGCCAGCAUCGCAAUGUGGCCGCCUGCCAUCGUCGAGUUGCUCGUCAGCAUCGAUGAUCCACAAGAGGCCAAGCAGGUCCUGCCGCCCAUCGACCAGAGGUGGCUCUGCCUGCCGGUCAGCGACAGGUACGGAAGAGUAGGGUCAGAUGCCUCUCAUUGGAGCCUGCUCCUCUUCGACACCGCCACCCGCCGCUGCAUCCACUUCGACUCGCUGCCUCCCGCCAACCGCGCGGCAGCCGACAGCGUCGCCAGAGCCAUCGUCGACAUCGUCGCCCGCGAUCAUCGUUCACAGGGUCGUGUAGGCGGUGCGACAACGGCCAAUACGGUCGUCGACCAAGUAGAGACACUGCCCAGGCAGAACAAUGGCAGCGACUGCGGCGUCUACGUCUUGGCCCUCACGCAUUCACUGCAGCCGCUCCUCGAAGCCAACCUGGCCAACCUCCAUCCCGACACCAGCCCAAACAUCCUCGACAACGUCGUCGACGAUCUCGCGACUCGCUGGAUCCCCGAGAGGAUACGCCUGUAUCGCCAGCGAUAUCGCGACUGGCUCCAUCGCUGGGCAGCGGCGAAAUCGUCGUGGGACAAUCCGGCGGAUGUGAGACGGUGUAUAGGUGAAAUUGAGAUGCCGUGA